UAAAGAAAUUUGAUAUUUUGGCCAUCAUGUCUAAAGAGGAGGUUGAUGAUGUCUGGGAUGAUUUUAUAAAUUUACCUGCAGACCCUCCUGAAAUGCGUCAAAUAUGUUUUUCAUGCGAGCGACCUCAAAAUGUAUGUUGGUGUAAUUAUUUGCCCAAAACAAGGCUAAAGCCUAAAUGUCGAAUUAUUCUACUGCAACAUCCAGCAGAAGAAAAAAGAAGUCUUCGUACUGCUCCGAUGUUGACAUUGGGGUUGGCAGAAGAAAGUUGUGUUGUUUAUAAAGGGAAAAAAUUUCCUACAAAAAAACAUGUUGGCCUGUGGGAUAUAUUGUCAUCUAAACACUCUGUUUUAUUGUAUCCUUCUAAAAAAGCAAUUGAUAUAGUUGAUCUACCAAAAGAAACUGAACUUCAUAAUUUGAUUAUACUUGAUGGUACUUGGCCACAAGCAAAAGCUAUUUACAAUAAUACACAACUGCUUCAAUCAAUGAUACAUGUGAAAUUGAUGCACAAAUAUGAAAGUCAUUAUAUCAUCAGGACCCAACCAACAGACGGAUGUCUUUCUACUUUAGAAACUGCGAUUGAAGCAUUAACAGUGCUAGAAAAAGAUGAAUCAUACAAAAAUAUGUUGCUGAAACCCUUAAAUGCUCUAUGUAAUUUUCAAAUUCAGCAUGGUGCUGUAACACAUCAAAGCAAAGAAUUUAAAAAACGCAAUCGAACUUAUCCUAAGCUAAUAGGAAGACGACUUCGACAAUAUCUAGAUGAUGGUGAUGAUUAUUAAUAUAAUUACUUUUAGAUAAAUAAUAAUUAUCAUGGUUAUAUAUUUUGUAUUAUACUUAUUAUUAUUAGUUAUUAUCUAUGAUAAGGACAAUUAUGAGUAGGAACUUUAUUAAUAAAGUUUUAUUAUAUUUUUUGUAAAUUAAUAAUUAUCUUAUCUAAGUAUGCUGAAAAAUAUAUUUUUUAAAUCUUAAAUUUCUAAACACUAAAAAUUAUACCUACAGACAAAUAUUUAUUAUAAUUAUUGUAUAUUGAUGUUAUCUAAUUAGUUGUAACUCGUAGAUAAUUGUUCAUUAAUCAUUAAGAAUAACUAGUGUACUAUGUAAGUACUUAUUUUGGUAAAAUGUAUUAUUUAAGGCCAUCAAAUGGCAAUAUUGACUAUACAUUUAUGUAUAUAGUUUUAUUAAUUACACAGCACCUAUGGUUAAAUAACA